AUGGCCAAGAACAGCAGUUCUGUUUUCGACCCAUGGAAUACUUUUUAUGAAACGCCAGAAGAGCAAGCUGUCAUAAAAGAAAGGGCAAAGAUAAGAGAUGCAAUGAAGGCUGAGUACAGGAAACGAUGCCAAAAUCCAUUCAACCCUCCAACUGGUCCCGUGUUUGAUCCUGCAGUACAGCGUCAAUUUUCAGCUCAGGUUACAUACGCAGAGUAUUUACGUCCAUCUCCCAAAUUGGGACUAAUCUUUUUCGGGUUUAUGGGCGUAGGCGCGGUAACACUUGUAAUUAGAGAACAGCUUAAGAAACACCGAAAUCAACAAUUCUAUGGUGGUGAAUUGACCUAUCGAGAAAGAUGGGGAGGAAAUACUUGGUGGUGA